AUGUAUUGGAAAUCCUACGCUACAUAUCAGAUAACUCUUCGGCUGGCGGCAAAAAAUAAGGCUAUCAAGCUUCUUGAAAACCUGCCAAGAUCACUAAAACGAAAAGAUAUAUUAAAUUUCCUUGAAAAUCAGGACUUAAAAUUUGCUGAGGAUCGAUAUAAAGUCAAUGUUGAAUUAAGUGUUGUUACUGACAAAACGGCCAUGACAGGAAAGACUACCGAAAAAUUUGCAAGAUUAGAAGAAAACAAACAGGAAGAAAAUAAACAGGAAGAAAAUGAAGGCGGAGAUGUAGUUGCCGAUGAAAGUAGUGAUAUCCUUGAAGACUCGAUUCAAGUUUCAUCUGUCAUAAAUGAAGUUACAAAAAUCUUUUUAAGUCAAUUUCCUAAGACAUCUAUAAUGGACCUACGUCCAAAAUCAAAAUUUUCAUUAUUUCUGGAUUUGGAACUUCAAAAAACCAUUUUGCACGAAGUUUUUGACGAAAUUGACAACUAUAUUACUGAUGAUAUCCACGAAUAUCUUACUUUAAAAGCGUUUUCAUUGGAGGAUCUUAAUCCGUUGAGGGAUAUUACAAUCCUGGAGAAACCGCAUCUUAAUCAGUUUGUACACCCUAUAAUUGAUUCGGCAUUGUGGAAUUUUGCCAAGGUUAAUUACAUAUUUGGUGAAAUUCCCCUGAAAGGUCUUGGAACUAGAAUACGGGCCGAUGGAGUAGGAUUUCUCAAUGACGUGGUAAACUACCCUAUAGUUUGUGGUGAGGGAGCUAGACCGGGUGCACCGCAGAAAAAAAGCGUGGAUGAUGAUAUCAAGAAUGCAAACUUAAGAGUUUAUGGUUUAACUGCAUUCAAAACCGAAUUGUCACUAACAUUGAUGGAUUUUAGAAGUGUACAUAGGUUAUUCGAGGUUGAUCAUUUCUGCCUACCGAAAAACUGGGUUGAUAUGCCAAACUUUGUGUGGUUAUAUGAGGCAAUAGUCAAAUGGGCUCUAUGUAUUAAUUCAACACGAAAUGGAUUGAUCGAGCAUAGAAAGAAAAGAAGGGUGAGCCGAUACUCUGAAGUUGGCAUCGCAAAAAAAUUGGCAUCAUUAAGGGAUCAACAUGAAUAG